AUGCAUGUGUGGGUGCAUGCCCAUGCUUUUGGGGGCUGGCUGGGUGCCCUGGCGCUGCUGGGCGCCCUGGUGCUGUGCCACGGCCUGCGCCGUCCCGGCAGCCCCCCGCACCACCCCCACGUCCACUGCUACAGCGCGGGCGAGCUGCGGGACGGCGAGGCCCCCGCGCACCUCCUGGGCCGCAGCCUGCGCUGGGACCACUACGUGCCGGUGCAGCUGGUGCCGCAGCUGGAGCGCUUGCAGGAGGCCACCGCCGGCCAUCGCCGCCACCGCCGCCACCACCACAGCGAGCGUGCCUGCCCCGCGCUGCAGCUUCGCGCCGGCCUCCACAGCGAGCCCAAUGAGCGCUCCAUCUCCCCAUGGCGCUACCGCAUCGAUGAGGACGAGAACCGCUACCCGCGCAAGCUGGCCUUCGCCGAGUGCCUCUGCAGCGGCUGCGUGGACGUCAAGACGGGGCGGGAGACGACGUCACUCAACUCGGUGGCCAUCCACCAGACCAUGAUGGUCCUGCGGCGCAAGCCCUGUCCGCGUCCCACCAGCCCCGGCCUCGUCACCUUCGAGGUGGACUACAUCAGGGUGCCGGUGGGCUGCACCUGUGUCCUGCCCCGCACCGGGCGCUGA